UGCUGCUUCUUUAAGUCUGUUACGCAAGCUUCAGACCUCCUGGACAGACUUCAGACAUGUGGAUUAUUUCUUUCCUGGGUCGACAUAACAUGGAGGCUUUACAGGUUCAAAAUGACAACUUGUUAAGCAAAGUUUGAACUCGUUGAGUGUUUAUUUAUUAUUUGAAGUGAAAGUUGGCUGAAACCUUGGCGCCGCCAUGCCGGGGAAUGACGGAGUAUACGCGGCGAGGAAGAGGAAGAAACCCGCUGCGAACAUUGAGAAGCCUCCGACUGGGAAGACCAAUCCAUCCAAACGCCACCGGGACCGCCUGAAUACAGAGCUGGACCAUCUGACCAGCCUGCUGCCUUUCUCAGAGGAGGUCAGAGGUCGUCUGGACAAACUGUCUGUGCUCCGGCUCAGUGUGGGAUACCUCAAGGUCAAGAGUUACUUCCAUGCAGUACUCCAAAAGAACGUGAGGCCACCUGCUCUUCUCUCUGCAAACGGCAGAAAUGGACAUCCUGUGUCACUGGAUGGAGUCAGUUUCUCAGAGGGAGAACUUCUUCUCCAGGCUUUAAAUGGUUUCGUGUUGGUUGUGACGACCGAUGGCACAAUCUUCUACACAUCCCCGACCAUCCGGGACUUCCUGGGCUUCCAUCAGUCCGAUGUGGUCCACCAGAGUGUGUACGAUCUCGUUCACAUGGACGACAGAGAGGUGUUCAAAUGUCAGCUCCACUUCGCACUCAACCCGAGCGAGACCAACUCAGACAUGAGAGCACAGGAUGGGCUGUCACGCAGCUCUGUGAGCUUGGUGCCUCAGUACGUCCCUCCAGAAAACUCUUCUUUCCUGGAAAGAAGCUUCUGCUGUCGCCUUCGCUGCCUCCAGGACAACACGUCCGGAUUCCUGACUUUAAACUUCAACGGACGUCUGAAGUACAUGCAUUUGCAGGGAAACAAAGAGGCUGAUGGGACUUCGGCUCCCCCUCAGCUGGCUCUGUUUGCCAUCGCCACACCUCUGAAUCCUCCUUCAGUCAUGGCGAUCCGGACUAAGACCCUCUUCUUCCAGACUAAACACAGAAUGGACUUUGCUCCUUUGGGCAUCGACACCAGGGGGAAGCUGGUUUUAGGAUAUUCAGAGGUGGAGUUGGUCACACACGGUUCUGGCUAUCAGUUUAUCCACGCUGCUGACAUGAUGUACUGCGCUGACAACCACCUCAGGAUGAUGAAAACUGGAGACAGUGGCUUCACGAUCUUCAGGCUGCUGACCAAAACAGGACAGUGGUUGUGGGUUCAGGCCUCCGCCAGGAUAGUUUUCAAGGACGGGAGACCGGACUUCAUCAUCGCUCGUCAGAAGGCCCUCACAAAUGAAGAAGGAGAGGAACACUUGCACCAGAGAAGAAAGCAGCUCCCCUUCAACCUGGCCACCGGUGAGGGCGUCCUGUACGAUAUUUCUCUGGAUGCCUUCUCCAUGCCUGGUCUUGCUGGCUCCGGUGCACCGGGCAUGACAGAGCCCACAACAGAGAAACCUUUGGACCCAGCCUCCAUCCUGGGAUCCCUUCGCCGGCAAGACCACUCUGUUUACACCCAGCCGCAGAAACCCAGCCCCCAGCUCCCAAUCUUCACCCAAACAGAGGACUCUGAUUUCGAACAACCCUUGGAACAGGCCUUCCUGGACAGCCAUGCGCUGCUCAGUGUGCCGGGCCAGAUACAGGUGUCGCAGAAGAGGUUUAUCACAGAGGACCUCACAUCGAAAGCCAUGAUUGAGUCGUUGGAGCAGAUUUUGGGGGAUAUCGGCGAUGGAAGGAUGGAGGGUCUUGAAGUUGAGGAGAAGGAGCUGAGGGACUGGGAGAACACCAUCAUCAGGAUGAAUAACGAGAGGGAAGACACAACAAGGGAACUAAAUCACAUCCUGGCCAAUGACGUGUUCUCAUAUGUGGAGGAGGCUCUGAGGAGAGAGACUGGUGCUGGGGAUGUGCAGGGUUCGGAUCAGACUGGGGCUUGUGUUUCUGGCAACAGAUUAUCCAUUCAAGUACAGCAUCCUGGUCAGUGGCAACCAAUGACGGACAUGAAAUCAGGAUUUGCAGAGCAGACUCUGUUGGGGGAGGAGCUCUGUGAUGUUGGUAGUUCAACUGGACUCAAAGAAGCUUUUCAAGGUGACUCUCACAGGGUGGCACACACACCGACACCCACACAAUUUCAUAACACUCACCAGGGACACACCUCUCUUCUGUGGCCUCCCAGCAGCAGCAGCAAUCGCCUCUGUGGCAACCAGAUGGUUUCAACACAGUCCUGCUAUGCUGUUCAUUCGCAUCCUGAUGUGACACAACAGUCUUGGCAUCUGUCUGCACAAAACACCAACAAUAUCCACAGCAGCCAUCAAUCUUGCUCUGAGGUGACAGACCAAAGCGUACGAUAUACUCUAAGCCACCCCGGUUUACAGCAGACUUAUGUGGGGCCGCAGCUUCAGAGCCCUUCACUGUGGCAACAGCAGCAGCUGCCGCAAAGUUUUCACAAUCACACCACCACAAUGGCCGCGUCCCGUCCAGACACUGCAGCCGGGGUCAACAAACAGGACAUGAUGCAGUCGUCCGGUCACGUGGCUGCCUGUAAAGAUGUGGGCAACAUCAGUUUGGUUCGUCUGAGUGGAGACAACGCUGGGCUGGGAGCAGCUCGGUCAGAAUAUCCUCCUGAAAAUGGAUCAUUACAGUCGACGUUCUUCUGUUGGAACGGUGAAACUCAGAUUCCCGAAGUUCCCCUGAACGGUGUUGUUGACCCGUUUGCCUUCCCUGCUCUUCCCACUGGGAGCAUCAACCUUUCCCAAAACACCGGCCCAUAGAUGAUUGGAGUAUAUUUGACCGACAGAUAAGCAAAGCACUUCUGAGAUUAUUCCAAACAGAGAAAUGAUGCAGAGUUUCCCAUUUUGGAUAAUUAUAUUUUCAAGAUGUUGUGUAUGGCCAAGAAAUAUGAACCUUCUUAUUUAAAACAAAAACAUUUUUGCUACAUUGAAGACUUUUGCUGAUAAAACUUUUUACACAUCGUGCUGCAAGUUGUGAAGUGUCCUGCCAGGAGUGUGAGGAAUAAAGGACCAUUUUAAUCAGUUUACUCUACAUCACAAUGUGAAUCUGUGAACACCCGGUUCUGUAAACCUUUAGAUCUUCUUCUUAUUAAUAUCCAGUUAAUAUCUGUGUGGUUCUUUGAAAAGAUUCCUUUCUGGCGUGUUUCCAAUGUAAAUGAUGGGGGAGAAAAUCCACAGCAAAACAUUUAUUCAAAGGCUGAACUGAUUUAAACAUGAGGCUUCAGUAAUCUCGAGUUAUACGGAGAGUCUUUAGUAUAAAACACCCGCUUUGUGUUGGUAUUCCUCCACUGUAGCUCAGCAAAGAAACAUAAAGAGGGACUCACCUUACCUUACUUAUACAAAAUGUUGAAAGAAAGACACUAGAUUUGUCUAACUAAGACAGCUGAAGAGCCCCAUAUUAACUUUAAAAUUAAAAAAACAUGCCUACCUACCUCUCCUGCAAAAAACAUGCAGGGGAGGUAGGUAUAAGGUAGAGGAAAAUGUAGCCUAUUAUCUUGCACACCACACUUCGAAUCACUCCGAGUUAGACAAAUCAAGUGAGUAUCUUUCCAACAUUGUAUUUCCGGAUAGUGAUUCCCUCUGGAGCUGCAGGGAAAGGACAUAAACAAAAAGUAACUUUAGAGGAAGUCCCCUUCAUUUGUUUAACUAAUGCUGCGCUGCACACUGCUCGGAACUUUAAAAUGUCCCAGUUGAAAUUUCCGACAUCCAACCUCAAAGCGUUCCAGGUGCAUAACGCCAAAGGUGAACGAAAAACAUGGCUCACCGUGACAAGCUAACAUUUAUUUCUUCCAAGUGUGCACACAACUGAACCCUGAGCAGUAUUGGGUUCCGUUUGUGCCAAAGAUAAGUCGGCAUGCACACUGUCUAUGUCGAUGGUUCACACGACUGUCUCAACUCAACAUACUUCUGCCGUAACUCGACUUAUUUUGGCACAAACGGAACCUCAUAACUGCUCCCGUCGAGUUGGUAAUCUGCAAAAGUCAGUAAAUGUUGAAUAUUUAUUUAAAGAUUUUCACAUUUCUUGAUAUUUUUAAUGUUUUCCUGAGUAACUUUUGUGCCUUUCAGAGAUUGUUUACUGUAACCAGCUACCUUAUAACAGAUGACAAUAUCAAUUUACAUGCAGAACAGGUUUUACUAUAUGAUAUUAUUUAUUAUCUUGAUUAAAUGCAGGCAUGUAUAUUCUGUUACCUUUUAGUUUAUGUUUUACCAUUUACAACAUGUGCUUCCAUGCUUGCUGCCAUUGUUGUGUGACAUCAGACUGCCUCAUGAAGUUGGAAUUCAUAUUUUUGCCCCGAGUUCACAAGUUUGAGUGGCGUUCUACUUUACUUUUUCUUGUUGGAAAUUUCCUAACUUCUGGCACGCAGGAUUAGAGGAGGACUGUGGAUUUUCUCUCCCAUCACUUACACUGGAAGCGCAUUAGUAAGGGAUCUUUUAUGGUUACAGCGAGCAAAAACUCUGUCAGUGGACACCUGAUAUAUGUUUUAAGAAAUACUUUGUCGGUCACAAACAUUGUGAACCUAUCCUAUAAUCAAAUCUAAUUGUUUUUGUCUCAGAAGACGUUUGUCUUUUGUUCAGCUGUGAAACUAAAGAGUGAAAUGUAGAGACAAAUCUUUUCUCAACACUAAAGCAGCUUUGUUGGAAAGAAAUGUGACUCAGAGAGAUUUUCCACAUUUGAUAAAUAAGAUUUGCCAAUUAUCUGGCAGUGUUAAAAGAACUACAAUAUAAUUUUGUUUUGUAUUGAAUUAUGUUAGACAUGAAAUGCACUAGGCUGGGAAUCCGGGAAUGGGGAAAGUCCGUGAGACGUGGGCCCACAGUCUCAGGCGUACGUGAGCAGGAGUGGAAUUGUUGCAGGAGAUGGACCAGGCGGGGAUAUCUGCGGCACAGAAGAACAGGUUUAGUAGGGAACAGGUACAAGAACUAGUCUUAGGUAAUGAACGGCUUGAACGAGACUGACUGGUAACGAGAGUCUACGAUCCGGUGCUGAGUGGAGGCAAGGACCAGGUAUAAAAGGCAGAGCAUAAUGAGGCUGAUGGCUGGCAGCUGCUAAUAGGCUCCUGCACACCUGACUUCACUCCUGCAAGAAGGGAACACACACACACACACACACACACACACACACACACACACACCCCCCUCUACCCGGGGACAGGGGACCUAACACCCAUGUGCUUUUGAACACCCAGCUGCAGUGGCCAACACUGCACUUCACUUUUCACACCCCACAUUUAUUAGUUGCAUGUACGCAUUGAAUAAAUGGACAUUUUGAGUGUUUAAUAAUGUACAGUAUUUGUCAACAAUUGUAACUGUGUUAUAUUGUCAACCAUUAUCUGUUUAUACACCAAUAUACAGUUUUGGAGGCUUCACAGGAGAAGUAAUAAUUGGUGACAAGUACGUAAUAAACACUUAAAAAGUUCCUUAUGGCUGCUUAAACUACAUUAUAAUGAAUUGUAGUUUGUAAUAAAACAUGUUUUUAAUUCUUUAUGUACUGAUACUGUUUAUAAAUGCUAAAUGAUUUGAUGCAUUAGUUGAUACAUCUUCUACAAUAAUCAAACUGGAGAUUAAUGGUGUGCAUGUGGGUAAUAGAUUCAUUAAGGCUGCUGAUAAUGUUUUCACAUAUUAACAUGCUAUGGGAGAAUUGGCAGCUCUGGUGCUCAGUGUGAACGGAUCUAAAUUAGGGAGUCAGAGAUAUAAAAACAUACUGCAUAUUAUUGUUUUUAAAUAAUGUUAUCCAUCUCAGCUACAUAUAGCAAAGAACUUAGCAUGUCAAGUCACGUCAUAUUCAUAAAGUGUGCUUCUGUUAUUACAGGUCAUGUUGUAGCUGCUUUGUAUUCCUUAUGUACAAAAUCUAACCGCUGAGGACAUGUCUAAUUUAUUUUUCCACUAAAGAACUGUUACCCCUUC